AUGUCAAUAAACGAAGAAGAAUAUUUGCAGUUGGAGAAAGAAAUCAAUAUAGAUGAUAUCGAUUUUUCGGAUUUGGAGGAAAAAUACGAAGCUGAUGUUGGGUUGGACAAUUAUAUUAUUGUUGAUGGUGCUCCUGUUGCACCAGAAUCUAAAGUACCAGUUUUAACCAAGGUUCUCAAAAAGUUGUUCAGUACCGUGGGAGAGAUAGUUGACGGGGAUGAGGGUCUUUAUAUGCCAUUAGCAGAUGGUAAAUCCAAGGGGUAUUUAUUCAUUCAAUACAAGACACCACAAGAAGCUGAUUCAGCCAUUAAGAAAUUGCAUGGUAAGAAAUUGGAUCAAAAUCAUAGGUUGUUGGUGAACAAAUUCUCAGACAUUGAAAAAUAUGGCUCAGCUAGUGGUGAAUUCAAAGAACCUGAAGUUGAGCCAUUCAAAUCACACGGUUAUUUACAUGAUUGGUUACAAGAUAAACAAGGAAGAGAUCAAGUUGUGACUCACUUUGGAGAAACCGUUGGAAUCAAUUGGAGUAAGAAGGCCAGUGAUCCCGAACCCGUUGUUGAGUCAAGAAGAGGAUUCACAUCCAAGUAUGCCAAGUUUUCUCCCAAGGGUACUUAUCUUUUCUCAAUCCACCCACAAGGUGUUCAAUCAUGGGGUGGUACAGAUUUUCACAGCGUCAGGAGAUUUUUCCACAACCAGGUGAGACUUAUAGAUUUUUCUCCAAAUGAAAAAUACAUGGUGACAUUGUCUCCUGUCCCAAUUUCAUUGCCCGAUUCUGCUGCUGAGAGGCAACAGUUCCCAUUUGGUCCUGAAAGUGAAGGUCAUAAAUUGGUUAUCUGGGAUUUGAUUACUGGCGAACCUGUUAGAACGUUUGCGUUACCACCUCAUCUUGAGCACCAAAAGGAAAUGCCAUGGCCAUUGGUGAAGUGGUCGUUCGAUGACAAGUAUUGUGCUCGUCAAGGGCCCGAUGCGUUGGCUAUUUAUGAAACUCCAAGCUUCCAAUUGUUGGAGAAGAAAUUGGUCAAAAUUGAUGGUAUUCAAGACUUUGAAUGGGCGCCAGCGGGAGUUAGAUUACACAAUAACAAGGGCUCAGAAUUGGAACAUAUAUUGUCAUACUGGACACCGGAAAGUACUAAUCAAACUGCAAGAGUUGCAGUGAUGCAGAUUCCUAGCAGACAAGUUUUGCGUACUGUUAAUCUUUUUCAAGUCAGUGACUGUAAAAUGCACUGGCAAAGUGAGGGUAAACUUUUAUGUGUCAAGGUUGAUAGACACACCAAAUCAGGAAAAACUACAUUUUCUAACCUUGAUUUUUUCAAAUUGGGUGAAAAAGAUGUACCAGUUGAGAAACUUGAAUUGAAGGAUGUUAUUGUUAAUUUUGGCUGGGAACCAAACAGUGAAAGGUUUAUUACCAUCAGUCGUUUGGAUGACGGUGAUCCGAAUCCAGCCAUCCCAAAAAACAGUAUUACUUUCUAUGCUCUGGAAGUAACCAAGGGUAAGAAUGCAAGCUCAAAAUACAAGGCGUACAAAAUUAUUGACAACAAACACUCAAAUACCAUUGCAUGGUCACCAAAGGGUAGAUAUGCUGUUGUUGCCACCAUUUCUCGUUCUUCAGGUGAGCUUGAAUUUUUUGAUGUAUCUUUCGAGGAUGAAAACACUAAAAAGGGCGCACCAGCAAAUGUCAAGUUGCUCAAGUCCGAUCAGUAUGCUGGAAUGACAAACAUUGCAUGGGAUCCUUCUGGUAGAUUCGUUGCUGCAUGGUCGUCUUCUUGGUUGCAUGCCAUUGAUAAUGGAUACAGAUUGUAUGAGUUUACUGGUAAAUUGUUGAGGGAUGAAUCUAUUGAUUUGUUCAAAGAGUUUAUUUGGAGACCCCGCCCUGAAAGUUUGUUGUCGAGUGCCGACAAGAAGAAGGUUCGUUCCAACUUGCGUGAGUACUCAGCUCAAUUUGAAGAAAUUGAUGCUAUGGAAGCUGACGCAGCCGUCAAAGAAGCAAUUUUGGCUAGAAGAAAGGCAUUGGAAGAGUGGAGAGCAUACAGAGCUAAGCAUGCCAAUAAAAAGGCCCAAGCAAGUGAAGUCAAGGCGGAAACAAUAGAAGAGAUCAAAGAGGAGAUUAUUGAAGAAAAGGAAGAAGUUGUUGAGUAA